GGUUCCAAUAGUUUUUCUCCCAUUGUGUUUCGUGUAGGCUUACCCUGGCAUGACGUUUUGAUAACUGUGUAAAUCUCUCUUGGACAAGGUGACUUUUAUCAAUAUAUUCACCCCACAAAAAUGAAAUGCUAAUCAGCUGCUAAUGUAGCUAUCAUGAAGAACUACAAACGACAUGAUGAUCUGGACGAGACUGCCGAAUCAAGGCAAAGUUACCGCAUUGGGAUGGUGGCAAGCUGAAAGUUCGCUUCAUAUACUUGUCAAAUAGAAGCUCUUUCAAAGUGACGAGCUGUCCUAUGGAGGGAUCAAUGGUUCCUCUCUUUUUAGGGGCUGAUCUCUUCUCAAACACUGAUAUCCGCACAGAGAACCAUCCCAGAUAUCAUGCAAAGUUUGCAAAGAAAGGAUUGGCAACUAAACUAAAUUUCUCCUCAGCUUUUAGAUUCCAUGGACUGAGGGUACCCACUGCCAACAAUUGCAUGUGGUUCUACAGCAUCCAAGGUGUUUUUCGAGUGGCCUUUGAAAUGUAUAGUAAACAAGAGCAGCUCUCUGUGUUGGAGAACUUUCAGGAGGUAUGGAAGUCCCGCCUAAAUGACAUCCCACUAAAGAUGAACUACAACCUGAGUGUCCAGCUGGAUCCUCCACCGCCCCAGAUCGUUGUGGAGAUGUAUGACCAAGACCUAAAGCUCAAACUGAUGUCCCGGAAUCCCCAAGGUUACCCAUCUCAAUCUGUGGAAAUCCCAGAGGCAGACACAGGCCCUUCAGGUGACACUUCAGCAGACCACGAUUACUGCUUUCUGCCAAAUGAGAGUAUGCCAGCACAGCCAGUCCAUCUAUGUCCCUCCAUCUUAAGUCAAAAACUGCAGGGCUUGGAGGACAAGCUGAGCUCUGAGAAACAGCUGGGGACCGACCAGCAGGAGACCAUACUGCUUCUGUUGGAGAGCAUUGAGCGCUGUGUGAGCAGGCCCCUGGAGGAGAGGGAUGUGGCGGACAUUGUACUAGCUCUGCUAGAGGCUCGGAAGUGGGGCUCUGUGUACUCCAGCCACCUGCUUCACUCUAUAGGCUGCUGGCUUGGCCAGCAGUUCCAUGGAGCCAACAGUAGUAUCAGCCAGCAGGUAGAGGGCUUCAAGGUGCGGCACAUAGAGCGAAUCACAGAUCUGCCACCUGCAGAGGAACUGGCCUCAGAGCUUUUUCCAGAGGCCAUGCGAACACUGCUGCUCCACUGGAUGGGUCUGAGUGAUGACUCAACCCUGUGGAAGAGACAGAGUGAGUACCCCAUCCUGCUCCUAAUCCUGGAGUUUGCCAACCACAACCUCAUCACUGGUGUUGCACAUGUGCUUUACUCAAGUCUUAAGGUGAAUUUAGAUUUAGCCAACUCAAAAGAGUUAAGUACCGAAGAAAGUAAAACUACUGUUGUAAAAAAAACUACUCAAGUAAAAAUUACUUAAGGGUAAAUGAGUUACUUUUAAAUUUAAAACAUUGAUUUAAUUGAUAAUUAGCUAUUUUUUUUCCACCCGAACAUUGUUACCAUAUAGAUCAUGUUGAAUUUCUAUUAUUAGUAUUCUAGUUCCUAAUUUGUUACACAUUAUCUUUUCCAUGCAAUUACUUUAAAAGAGGAAUUUAAUGUAAAAUCUAUUAAGAAAUGAGGUGUUGUUUUUGCUGUAACAGUAAUGUUAUAGGCCCACUAUGCUAUGGUAUGUAUUAUAGUCGGUUCUGUAAUGUAAAAUGCCAAUUAUCAAUGUGAUCAAUGCAAGACAUUGAUUCAGCUUUGAUCUAACAUUUCUAAAUGAGCACCAUUGUGAGAAGUGAUCUUCUAUUUGUAAUAAUAAUAUGAGUAUGACUAUUAGGCAUAGGUAAUAGAUCUUUAUGAGAUAUCAUUUUAAGCAAUUGGAGCACCCUUCAUGGUGCUGAAAGUACAGCGCCAGGGUUGCACUGUUGGGGCAAAAUGGUUUUGUUAGUCUAAUGCUAUUUAAAUGCUUGAAUUGAAUAGUACUUUACACUAGUAAUUUUCCCUGCAAUUGCUUCAAUAAACUCUUAUUGCUGA